CCGACCUUGGCAGUUUCGCUGGUUUCGUGUGAGGGCCGUUCAAAGCGAAGUGUGCAGUCUUUUAACGCCUCGGAAUAGAACUGCUCUGACUGACGGUUAUUGUACACGUUUUAACUGCUCGUCCGUUAUAUCAAAAGAUGUUUCCGGUUACAAACAUGGCAUUAAAGAUGCGAAGUCUUGUUCGACUUCAAGUGGUCAGCUGUAGCACUACUGCAGCGUCAAAGGAGCCAGUUAAAAAAGGACAAAUUGCGAAAAGGAUCCCAGCAUUCGUCAAAUUGGAAGCGGGCAAAACGUACUCCUGGUGUGCUUGUGGUCUCAGCAAGAAGCAGCCAUUCUGCGAUGGGGCCCACAAGGGCAAGGAGCAUGGUAUUGGGCCGGUGCGUUUUACCGUUGAGGAGAGCAAGAAGUAUCUCCUCUGUAGAUGCAAGCAAACCAACAACAGGCCAUUUUGUGACCUGACGCACGUCAAAACUUUUAUUCCAGAGCCUGUUCGUGCGGCCUUGAAGAUUAAACUUUAGUUAGUGCCUCGACUUACGACCACAUAGAAGAACGUAUUCAUAGUGCUUAUAGGUAGCUUUUGUAAAAAAGCUUCAAUAAAGGUUCUUUGCAUUAUUUUUUUUGAA